AAGAAAAGGAAACCGAUAGAUUCGCGCGAGUUAAACAAAGAAACAAAACGUCAAAUAUAUCUAUCCUCCUUCUUGAGAACUUUACUAAAAAUCUGUAAUACAGUUUGCCUAUCUACCAGUACGCUUCGCUUGCGUGCCUCUCGAGCAGAAAUUAAAAUAAAUAAAUAAAUAAAUAAAAGAAAAUUACGCCGGUUAUUCUCCUAACAACAUAAUGAUGUCCGGCCAGAAAAGUUCAUUAAAGAAUUAUCUCUUUAUGUUUCUCCUUGUGAUUCAGUUGAAGCUCGCCCGUCGUCCGGUCAAAAUGGCCGUUAAUAAAAUCGAAUUGAAAUAUAUAAAUUAAUUUAAUUCGGAAUAUUGAAGUGAAAAAAAGUGGAAAUAGUGAAAAAUACAAAUCGGAUCGAGUCGGCCAAGUCGAUUGAUUAAAUCGCGAAAUAUAGUUUUAAAUGCUUCAUUUUUGAGAAGAAGAAAAUGAUUAUUAAAUUGCAUAAGAUCGAACUACUCGAACUAUUCGCCUGCAACGUCCUGAUGCUCGUCUACGCGUCCACCGCCCGACCAGAUCUUCAUCACAACCAACACCACCAAGACCCCAUCGAGCAAUGCCGAGGCCCCUACCCGAAGGGCCCCUGCAACAGGACCCUCCACAAAUGGGCCUUCGACGGCGACACCGAACGAUGCGUGCCCUUCGUCUGGGGCGGCUGCGCCGGCAACGACAGGAACAAAUUCGACAGCGAGAUCCAAUGCAGGAACGCCUGCUUCAACAAAACCGAAAGGAAUUCGUUUUCGAUCGAAGACCGAGGUCCGGAACUGACGUUUCCGGAAACCGGAAACGAGACGACCUUCAUGUUCGCCCAAUCGAACACCUUCAUUCAAAUCGACGGUGACAUCAUACAGACGUUUCAAUUACGGCUGUGCAGGCAGAUUUCGUUCGAGUUCAGGACGCGCCUGCCGCACGGUUUGCUGGUGUACCACAACGUCAAGGUGCCCGAGGGAGUGGCUCUGCAACCGUACGCUUUGUACGUCAUCGUCCAGCAAGGUCAAUUGAAGGUCGUGCACGUGUACGGGAAACAUUCGACGGCCUUGACGGUAGGGAGGGGAUUGAACAGGGACGAAUGGCAUUCGGUCACGGUUCGCAUAGACGUGCACAGCGCCAGAUUGACGGCGACAGUGGACGAAAUGAAAGAGGAAACGACCUUAAAAGGUCUGGAUAAAGAGAACAAUUACGGUGUCACCGCCAAUGUUACUUCGGUAAUAUUAAUAGGAGGUUUGAGUUCGGAAGAGCGGUUGCACGGCGUCAAAUACAUCAUCGAAUCGUUCGUGGGUUGCAUAAAAAACGUCAUAUUGAACACCGGCAAAUCGGCGUCCGAUUUGUUGCCCAUCACGCCAUUGGUCGCCACCAAACACGAAAACGUCCAAGAAGGCUGCGUCGACAAGUGCAUCACCAUGGAGAAUUUGUGCUUCAGAGGUUCCAAGUGCAUCAAUCACUACAACAUGUUCACCUGCGAUUGCUUCGGCACCAAUUACGAGGGGGAGUACUGCGAUAUAUACACGGCGACGAUUCUGACCCUUCGCGGGUCAUCGUACGUGUCCUACAGGGUCUACGAUUGGAAGGACAGAGUCCACUCGUCGGUGACGCGUUUCUCCGUAUUGUUCAAAACCCGCUUCGACGAUUCCGCCCUUCUGUACGCAGCGGGCGGCGAACAAGGCUUGGACCACUACAUAGCCGCCUCGAUCUACAACCAUUCGGUCUACGUCGAAUUGAACUUCGGCGAAGAAGACCCGCUGCGCCAGGUCCUCGGCCAAACGGGCGACUUCAAAUUGUACCAAUGGAACAACCUCACCAUCUUCCACGAGCACACCGUGGUGCAUCUGAUCCUCAACGACGAGAAGCACUCGUUGAACAUCACCGGCAUGCCGUUGCUCUACAUCGAUCCGGAGGUCUACAUCGGCGGCGGGCCGGAGCUGCAGAAGAAGCUCGGACUGAAGUCCACCAACAACUUCGUCGGCUCCUUGAAGUACGUCUUCUACAACGACGUGUCCAUCAUCUACGAGCUGCACCGGUCCAAUCCCAAGGUCCACUACAUCGGCAUCCUCAGGCCGGAGUUCCUCGAAGAGGACGUCCAAGAGAUCCCCAUCACCUUUCCGUUCUCCUCGUCGCACAUCUGGUGGCACAACGACCACACCGAUUCGCUGGCCUUGUCCUUUCGGUACAAGGCCAGCUCCAAUCUGAGCGUGGUGGCGUCCAGCGAGGCGCAGACCGGGGUCUACUGGGAGGUGCGCAUCGUCAACGACGAGGUCCGCUUCGAGGUGGCCGAUCCCACCAGGAACUCCACCCAUUUGAUCAGCGUGAAGAAGACCCCGGGGGUGUGGCACUGGUUGAAUCUCACCUAUUACUCAGGCUCCGGCGGUGACCUCUUGGACAGUCCUGGUGAGAUCAAUUUGACCGUAGAUAACCGAAGCAGAAUCGAGAAGUUGGCUGGUAUCAAAUUCGCCGUGGGCGAUAAGAUCAAAGUGGCCGCUGGAUCUAGAAACAACGCCGGCUUGGUAGGUUGUAUGAUGGAUAUAAUGGUGAACGGAGCCUUACUAGAGCCUAGGUCGAUACUGCAAACGGAGCGGGUGGUGGGCGAGGUGACUUUAGACGAUUGCAAUUUCAUCGACGCCUGCAGGAGGCCCAACACCUGCGAGCACGGCGGUAAAUGUUCGGUGAAAGAAGACAGGUUGACCUGCGACUGCACCGACACAGGCUACAUAGGCAAAAAUUGCCAUUUCGCGCAGUACCGGAAGACCUGCGAGGAACUCGCCCUGCUGGGCUACACCAAGCCCGACGUCUAUCUCAUAGACAUCGACGGCAACGGCAGGUUCCCGCCUGCGCACGUCCGCUGCGAGUUCCAGAGCCUGUUGGACUCCACCAAGACCAUCGUCGAGCACAAUCUGCCCAGCCAGAUGGACGUCAGGUCGGGCUCCGAGGAGGACUUCGCCUUCACCAUCAGAUACAGGGAGUUCGGGGCCGAGAUGCUGCAGGAGCUGGUCUCGCACUCGUUGAACUGCAGCCAGUACGUCAGGUACGAUUGCCAGAAGGCUCCGCUCGGGUUGCACUCGGCCACGUGGUUCGUCAGCUCGGCCAAUGAGACCGUGGAUUACGUCGGAGACGUCAAAAGAGGUACCUGCCCGUGUUCCAUAGGGAAAAAGUGCGAGAACAAAUCGCAAUGGUGCAAUUGCGAGGACAUCAAGGACGACAAGUGGUACACCGACGACGGGUACUACACCGACUCCAAGAGCCUCGGUAUCACCGAAAUGGUGUUCCUCCAGCAGCCGGAUUUGCCCGAAGACGCCCUCGGCAGGAUCACCUUGGGACCGCUCGAGUGCGUCGAAACCAAUACCCAAAGGUACGUGGUGACCUUCACGACGAGCCAAUCGUACAUCGAAGUACCGGGUUGGAGAAAAGGCGAUUUGGCCUUUUCGUUCCGGACCACCGGCAAGAAGGCCAUACUGUUGUACCAACCGCCCAUCAGACCGAAUUAUCCCAGUUUCAUGGUGGCCUUGACGAGUGAUUUCCAGCUGACCUUCAACUUCACCUUGAACACCGGCGUGUCCAAGGAACUGGUCAUAGUGUCCGGCAGGAAAUUGAACGGCGGCGAAUGGCACAAGGUCUGGAUAGAUUACAACAAGUACCACGUGCGCUUCAUGAUCAACGAAGACUACCGCAUGGUCGAUCUGAAGCCUGAGGAGGAGUUCGGACCGUUCGAAGGUUCCAUGUUCAUCGGCGGAGCCAUCAGCGAUCUGUUGGACAGGAAAUCGUCGGUGCACCAAGGCCUCAUCGGCUGCUUCAGAGGCUUGGUGGUCAACGAGGAGAUCCUCGACAUCUACAGUUACAUGUCGGUCCAUUUGAGCGAAAUCAUCAAGGACUGCAAGCCUUCGUGCGAUCCCAAUCCAUGCCAGAACGGCGCCCAAUGCAAGGAGCUCUGGAGCAACUUCCAAUGCAUCUGCCCCAAUCCGUGGGCCUACGCCGGCGAAUUCUGCGAAACAAACAUCAACACCAACGCCAUCAUGUUCACCCGACCGUCGUCGUUUCUGUCGCGAAGCUACCUGACGAACGACACCGGUCGCGACAAAUCGGAGCUGUCGGCCAUCUUCGCCGAGCGCAUCCUGGUGAACCUGCGAACCUACGACACCAGGGCGUUGAUCUUCUACGCCAACGAUCACUUGAACAACUUCGUGCACCUGUACAUCGAUCGAGGCACCCGCGUGGUGUUCCUGUUCAACCACGACGAUCGGAUUCACGACGUGACUGUCCAAUACGACAAGUUGAACACCAGCCAAUCGGUGCAGAUCGCCAUCGAAAGAGGCCAGAAUAGGACUACUGUGCACGUGAAUGAUAGAAACAAAACGGUGCAGAUCGGAGUGAAAUUGCUCGAGGAGUACUCCAACAAGCCUUGGGUCAAUCCGGAAAUGGAGGUGUUGGCUCCGCAAAGACCGCCGGCGCCGCCUACUGAGUACUUUCAAUUGAACCUGGGAGGUUACGAUAGGGAGAGUUUGCUGAAGACGCGAGCGUACCCAGGAGAUAUGGAGGGGUACGUCGGUUGCUUGAGGGGUCUACAAAUCGGCGAGGAACUGAUCGAUUUGCAGUCGAAGGUCGAUGACGAUGAUAUAGGUAUAACGGCGAAUUGCCAGAUGAAAUGCGACGAGGUGCCCUGCCAGCACGGCGGCGUCUGCGUGGAGGACUUCCUCAACAGGAAGCACACCUGCGAGUGCGAACACACCAGCUACUACGGCGAGUUCUGCUCGCAGGAGAUCGGCGCCGAAUUCAACGGCGAAUCGAUCCUGCGCCGAGAGUACCUGCUCGACGACGGUCCCGUCCGGCACGUGCUCGUCCAGCUGGCCUUUUCCAGCGUCGAUCCCAGCCAGAAGAACACCGUGCUGUUGCUGUUGCAGACCGAAAUGCGCCGAGGCUACUACCUGCUGGUCGGGCUGAGCGCCGAAGGCCACCUCACGGUGCAGGAGGACCGCGAACGGGCGGUCUACUCGGCCACCGUCGACAAGAAGAACUUCAUCAACGGCGCCCGUCAUUCGGUGCGCUACCGUCGCGACGGCGACGAUUCCGAGUUGUUCGUCGAUAGGGAGUUCACGGGGAUGGAGGAGGUGCCCGCCCAGACGUUCGCCCAUUUGCACGAAGAGGGCGGUACUGAGGUGCACAUCGGCGGGCACGAUACGCCCGAUCCGAGGUUCGCCACCUACAAAAGGUACAGCGGAUGUCUGUCCAAUAUUUUCAUCGAAGUCAACGAGCACGUGAUGAAGCCUUUGGAAGAAUAUAUGCUCUUCACGAAAACCGGUACAGAGAAAGUGAACGUGUCGAAUCCACACGGGGUCAGAUCGGCACAAUGCAGCUCGGAUUUUGAUAAAAUACACGAGAAAACGCCAUCUGCAGUCAAUUUGAACAUCAGUCAAGGUACGGACAAAACUUGGGUACAAGAUGCUCCUCAGAGGAUAUUUUACACUUCCAUAUAUUCGACUGCUGCGGAAGAAGAGGACAGUACAGGUCAAUUGAUAGUCAUACUACUGUCAUCUUUCUUUGUGCUGGUGGUGAUUUGCUGUAUUUACCGUUUGAUUGUGAUAGAUAAAAAGUACAGGGAAAAGAAGGAAUUCGAGACCGACGCGAAUAUAUUGCUUUCGAAGCAACAGGCCGCUUAUUUGCAGGAAAACCACAAACCGCCUUCCGAAGAUUUGGGGAGGAAAUUCAACGGGAAAAUAACGAUCGAAAGCGAAAAAUCGACGCCCGUGGAAGAAUUAGGCGAGUUUUUCCCCGACGAAAUGGCCUUGAAGGCGUUGAAAAGAGAGAAACAACAGCGCGUCACUUUCCGAAGUAACGAAGUUGCUGGGGAAAUGUCGGGGGAACUUUUAAUACCGGAAGUACUGAGCCCCAUGUUGGAAGUGGACGAAGAAGAACACGACAACGACCAAGACUCCCGGUGACUGAAAUUUUAAAUAAAUACGAAUAGUGUAACGAAAUUAAAUACAUGCUUUAUACGGUA